AUAGACAUUCCAAGAAGAAUAAAAUCCGUUCAAAAACAACUGGCGCACAUUUGACUUUUUUGGUCCUAUUUUGACGGCACGGCGUUCAUUCUCUCGGUCAAAAUAAAAACAAAAAAAAGAGAAAUAAAAUAAACUUUUGUAUCGUUUAAUCGAUUUUAACAUGGUUUAACAAAUUAACUCUAUAAAAAUUUAAUUAUUUUUAAAUAUAUUUUACCAUUUGAAAAAAAAGCCCUUUCCCUACUUGUUUCGGCUUUUCAUGCGAGCGGAACAUUGCAUGCUGAUUGUACAUAAUGCCGUAUGUCAAACUGUCACUAAAAAGAGCGCGACUCGUAAAAAGGGAUUCUGUUUGUUGUGGUGAUGUAGAUCGCAGUUUUAAACAGUUAUUCUUCAAAACUCGCUUACCAACAGCUCAUGUUAGCUUAAAGCAGUGUGUUUUUUAAAGUUAAACCUAGUUAAGAAAAACUUAUUCGUGUGGUGCAAAUAAGCAAACCCGCAGACGGGUAGCAAAACCAUGCCGGAAUACAUGAUCAACGGUGUGCCGGUGAAUUUUCCGUUUGAACCGUACCAGUUGCAAAAGAAUUACAUGGCCAAAGUGAUUGAGUGUCUGCAGAACAAAAGUAAUGGCGUCCUGGAAUCUCCCACCGGAACUGGUAAAACUCUUAGCCUACUAUGUUCUUCCCUAGCAUGGUUGCUUCACAUGAAAGCUAAGAUGUCCCAGCAAGCACAGUUGCGUGCCGAAACGAUCGAUACACUUCACCUGCCAGAGCUGAGCAAUGCGAAAAAUAAUAAUCUUACCCCGGAACAGGCACUUGCAUUAAGGGAACAGCAUAUGAAUGCGAAGGUGAAAAUAAUCUACGCAUCCCGGACACAUUCUCAGCUGUCGCAAGCGAUGCAGGAGCUGAAAAACACUAGCUAUCUUUUCAUACGCACGGUUAUACUCGGUUCCCGUGAUCAGCUCUGUAUACACGGUGAGAUUUCCAAGCAGGAAAACAACUCCAUUAAGACAAUGCUGUGUCGGGAGGAGGUUAAAUCGCGUAACUGCUCUUUCUACAAUCGUGUAGAAUAUGCGAAGGAUCGGUCGGAGGUUACCUCCGUGCCAGUGCUGGAUAUAGAAGAUCUCAUCACGGUCGGUCGGAAAAUGAAAGCCUGCCCGUAUUAUCUGUCGAAGGAGUUGGUAGAACAGGCGGAUGUCGUUUUUAUGCCGUACAACUAUUUGCUGGAUCCGAAGGCACGUAAAGCGAACGGGCUAACGUUGCAAAACAGUGUCAUCAUACUGGACGAAGCACACAAUGUGGAGAAAAUGUGCGAAGAAAAUGGUUCCGGACGGAUACGGUCGUCCGAUAUUGCGGUAGCGAUCGAGGAUACGUCCUCCGUCAUGAAGGUGUUGAUGGAUUCCGGUGGAGCUGCCAGCACUAUCGACGGUGAAAAGCAGCUCGACUUUACACUGGACGAUUUAGUGCUGCUAAAAGAAAUUUUACUAAACGUGGAAAAAGCGGUAGAUGAUAUGCCGAUAAUGUUCUCACAGGGUGGUACGACACAUCCGGGCACUUACAUAUUUGAUUUGUUGGAGAAGGCAAACAUAAAAUUCGGCAACGUUAAUGUGAUUUUGCAAGUGCUUAACUCAACGAUCACGUACAUCACUACCGCUAUGGCGAACAAUUUCGUACGCCGCGGUGCUGGUUUACAGUCGCUGGUCGAUUUUCUCGAGGUGGUGUACGCCGGCAAUGGUCCGGAGUAUCGGCAGGCGAUCGAAAAAUGCUUCCGUGUGCACGUUGACUUUGAGGAAACAAAUCAAUCGGUCAAGGGUAACGUCAAACGUGCGGAUGGUUGGACGGCAACGAAACAAAACGUUAAAACACCGGCAAAACCCAACUCAAAGGUGAUCAAUUUUUGGUGCUUCAAUCCUGGUUUCGGUAUGAAGCAGCUGUUAGAUAGCGGGGCACGAAGCAUUAUACUGACGAGCGGUACACUGGCACCACUGAAACCGCUUAUCAGCGAGCUUAAUAUGCCGGUUGCGGUCAGUUUGGAGAAUCCGCACAUAAUCGACCCAAGCCAAGUGUACGUGAAGGUAAUAACGCACGGUCCGGAUCGGGUAGAGUUGAACUCGAGCUUCAAGAAUCGUUCCAACCCCGAGUACAUAUCGUCACUCGGUCGAACAGCACUGUCCCUGUGUCCGAUCAUACCGGGCGGAUUGCUUAUCUUUUUCCCUUCCUACCCACUGCUAAACAAAUGCACCGAAGAGUGGCAGGCAAGCGGCAUUUGGGCGCAAAUUAAUCGUAUCAAACCGAUUUUCGUAGAACCCCGCACCAAGGAUUCGUUCGUGACGACGAUGACGGAGUAUUAUGCGAAGGUGCGCGAUCCGGAAAGCCGUGGUGCAAUCUUUAUGGCGGUAUGCCGCGGCAAAGUGUCGGAAGGGUUAGAUUUUGCCGACGCAAAUGGCCGGGCGGUCAUGAUCACGGGGCUCCCCUUUCCACCGCUAAAGGACGCUCGGGUCGUACUGAAAAAGCAAUACCUCGAUACGAACCGUACGCGCGAAAAUGAACUCAUCACCGGUAACGAUUGGUACUCGUUGGAAGCGUCCCGUGCCGUAAAUCAGGCAAUCGGGCGCGUUAUACGGCACAAGCAUGAUUUCGGUGCAAUCCUUCUGUGUGAUUCACGGUUUCAGAACCCACGGCAACAGUCGCAGCUAUCCGCGUGGAUACAUAGCCACCUGCGGGAAGAGCGUAAUGCACCCAACUUCGGUACGGUCGUCGGUGAAAUGGCGCGCUUUUUCCGCAACAUGGCAAAGUUUGACGUGCCGGCCAGGGUGCGGGAAUUGGGUACGAUAAAGGUGGAAGGUGAGGAACGUGAGAAGCUCUCGAUGGACGAAAAAAAGUUCCACAUAAACGGCAACGAUCCUUCAGCCAGCAGCAGCAGCAGCGGGCUGGUAACGCUGUACAAACGCGAACGAAAGGACGACAAUGAAGUGCUCACAUCAGCGACAGCAUUCUCCGACAUGGAGCUAGUGGCACGAAAAAAACGUAAAAUAGUGCUCAUACCGCAAAAAUUUGUCAAAUCCGAACCGCUGUCCGCGGUGGAGAAUGAAACCACCCCGGUGAAGCGCGAAGUGGAGGUGGUGAGCGAUGAAGAACAGACCGCGGAACAGCAGGGAGAGCGAAUUGCGCCGGAAAAUAGGGUGGAUUUUCUGCGUGAGGUUAAAGGUUCUCUAGACGCGACAAACUACAAGCUGUUCCUGCAAGCGCUGGCCCGGUACAACCGGGAUAGUGAUUUUCCAGUUUUUAUAGAGCAAAUGAUUAUCUGCUUUAAAGCACCGCCAUUGCUGUAUCUGUUGAAAGCGAUGCGAAGAUUUGUUAAACUAGAACACAAAUUACAGUUCGAUACAAGGAUGGAGCAAAUAAUGUCUCGGCCAAAUCAGACGCCAAGCAGUUUGAGAGAUUUUAUGUAGGGAAAAAAGCAAAAUAUUAUUCAUUAUGAAACUCGUCA